UGUCCUGUCGUCUCUCUCAUCCGCUCAUCCCACACCUUUUCCUUUUCAUCCCUCCCGUUCCCAUACUCUUCCUUCUCUCUUCCUCCUUCUCCUCUUCUUCGUUUUAACAGAUUCAACAUGCAGACCAUAAAGUGCGUUGUCGUUGGAGAUGGUGCCGUCGGAAAGACCUGCCUGCUCAUCUCGUACACCACCAACAAGUUCCCCUCUGAAUAUGUCCCUACUGUCUUUGACAACUAUGCUGUCACGGUCAUGAUUGGCGAUGAGCCCUAUACUCUUGGACUCUUUGAUACAGCCGGUCAGGAGGAUUACGAUCGUCUUCGCCCAUUGUCGUAUCCGCAGACGGAUGUUUUCCUCGUUUGCUUCUCUGUCACCUCGCCAGCAUCGUUUGAGAACGUGAGGGAAAAGUGGCUGCCCGAGGUUCACCACCAUUGCCCUGGUGUUCCCUGCCUUAUUGUCGGAACGCAGGUCGAUUUGCGCGAUGAUGCUGCGGUCGUAGAAAAGCUGUCGCGUCAGAAGCAGAGACCUAUCUCGGCCGAGAACGGCGAGCGUUUGUGCCGUGAGCAGAACGCCGUUAAAUACGUCGAGUGCUCAGCCUUAACGCAGAAGGGCUUGAAGAACGUCUUUGACGAGGCAAUUGUUGCAGCAUUGGAGCCCCAGGUUGUCAAGAAGAAGAGCAAGUGCUUGGUUCUUUAAGAAAGGAAAAGCGCCAAGGGAAGGCAGGAUUGGAGAAGCACAGGACAGAGGCUGGACCCGAAAGGCCUUUUUCACAGGAGUUCUAUACACUCUCUCUUUUUGUUUUCAAUCGACCUUUGACGGGACGCAGAUUGUUUUAAUAGAGACGACCGAUGGACGAUUUCGGACCAAAGGAAGCAAAGCAGACAAGUAAUUUUUCAAAUAAACAGAAAUAUUUUUUUUCACAUCAAA